AUGACGAAUAAUAUAUUCCGUAUAUUUAAUCCGCAGGCGCCGAAGGAGGACCGCGUGGAGAAGCGCCGCGCCCAGGUCAGGCAAGCACAGCAGACCUAUCGCGAACGGAAAGAGGCGUACACCAAAGCUCUCGAGAGGGAAGUCGCAAAGAGCAAGGCACGGGAAGCAGAGUUGGUCCUGGAAAACGAACGACUUCAAGGCACCAUCAAGAAAUUGGUUGGAAAGCUUGAAGAGCAUGGAGUCGAGGGAGUGGAUGACAUAAUUAGAUCGACCCAGGCAAAAGAAGCGAGAAGUCCCAAACCCGACAACAUGUCCAGCCCGGCACCACCUCUCGCUCGGCUGGGCGAUGUUGACCCCGUGGCUUUGGAGUCGAUCAACCAGCACGAGCUUCCCGAAACCAUGCUGGAAAACCUGCUGGCCCUCUCGACAGAGGUUUGCGCAUCGGAUGACCAGAUCACGCCGGUGCAAGCCUGGAACCUCAUCCGAUCCCAGCCACAUUUCGGUGGCUUCGAGCUCCAGGCCCUGCAAACUCUCGCAGAGACUCUGAGGGACAUAAUUGCGUGCCAUGGGUUCGGCGCCGCGAUACCGCAGACCGUCUUCAGGCGCCUGACCUUCGAGUUCCUCUUGAAAGGGAAACUACUCUGA